GUUCACGGUAAUUCGUCAUCCAUUUCUCUAAACAGUUGGCAGAAUUUGUGCGUGCGGUGUGCGGUAGCGGUAGUCUGCCGACGGCGUCCGUUCGUAGGAAAGAGAGGAAGGCAUCGAAGGAUCCCUUUGUCAGAUCAAAGUAAAACGACUUGGUUGAAAAGGAACUCUGAUAAUAAGAAAAGGAAGAUCGAGAAACUCGAGGGUAAACUGGGGGUACGGCCUCGUUACGGAUUUUCUGACCUCUUCAACUCUCCCGCGGGUUUUUUUUUUUUCUCGCGAGGUGAAUAACAGUGGUACAUAGACGAAACCCCUGACCCCUCCGCGGGAGGUUCGCGCCUCGGCGCCUAAGCCACAUCAAAAAGGAAGGAGGAAGAAAUUGCGGAAGCGGGAAGGUUAAGAGGACGAUACGAAAGGGAGAACGCGCCGUCUAUCACUAUGAAGCUCGUUGACCACGUGGUGAGGAGCUUCAAGGUGGCCAAGGUGUUCCGCGAGAACUCCGACCGCAUAAACAGCAUCGACUUUUCACCAAACGGGGACACUUUGAUCUCUUGCUCAGAGGAUGACCAGAUCGUGAUAUAUGACUGUGAGAAAGGCACUCAGGUGCGUACGGUCAAUUCUAAGAAGUAUGGUGUAGAUUUAAUUCAUUUCACCCACGCGAAGAACACCGCGAUACACAGCAGUACCAAGAUCGACGACACGAUUCGUUAUCUGAGUCUGCACGACAACAAAUAUAUAAGAUAUUUCCCAGGACACAGCAAGAAAGUUGUGUCGCUGUGUAUCAGUCCCAUAGAAGAUACGUUUCUGUCUGGUUCUUUAGAUAAAUCCUUGAGAUUAUGGGAUUUACGUUCACCUAAUUGUCAUGGUGUUAUGAACGUUUCGGGACGUCCAGUUGCUGCAUAUGAUCCAGAGGGUCUCAUUUUUGCUGCAGGUGUUAAUUCAGAGUUUAUAAAAUUGUAUGAUUUACGCAGUUUUGAUAAGGGACCAUUUGUUACAUUCAAAUUGUCUCAAGAGAAGGAGUGUGAUUGGACUGGAUUGAAGUUCAGCAGAGAUGGGAAAACCAUCUUGAUUUCUACGAAUGGCAGUACGAUUCGGUUGAUCGAUGCAUUUCAUGGCACACCGUUACAAACAUUUACCGGUUAUUUGAAUAACAAAGGGAUCGCAAUCGAGGCUAGUUUUAGUCCUGAUUCGCAGUUUGUAUUCAGUGGAUCUACAGAUGGCAGAGUACAUGUAUGGAAUGCUGAAACAGGGUACAAAGUGUGUGUGCUCAAUGGCGAUCAUCCAGCACCUGUUCAAUGCAUUCAGUUUAAUCCUAAGUAUAUGAUGCUAGCAUCAGCCUGUACCAACAUGGCAUUCUGGCUUCCUACUGUUGAUGAAAGUGCAUAAAAUUAAUACAUGGAAUGCUGGGCAAUGCUCGCAAGAAUUUAUCUAAUUUUGUGAAAGAAGGAACUGAAGAUUGUAUUGGUCCAAGGAACAAAUGACAAUGGAUAAUUCUUGGGUAUUUCAAACAAGCUGAACUUGCAUUUACAUUGUGUACAAAAUAAAGUCACCGACGUAUGAGACGCCGGUGUUGGAAUGAACCCAAGAAGCAGAAGAGUUGGUGUAAUAUUCAGGAGUUCGGCUGCUUGUCUUGCUUCAAGUAUAUUGCGUACCGUUUAUGUAUUUUGCCAUCUUUAUUGUUUUCAUCGUCAUGUACUCUAUGGUGCGAUGAACGUGACCAUCAUAAUAACACCUUAUCAACAUUUAAGAACCGUGAUAUACCAUUGCUUCUCUUCUUCCUCAAAGUAUACUACAAAUAUCGCUAGUAUUUGGAUGUGUCAUCUUCUGUACAUACCUCCUUCUUGUGUACCUGUGUGUAGUAUAACGAUAUUGAAUUAUGUAUCGUAUGUUACAAAAACUCUUCGAAUCAUAUAUAUUUAAUUGACUUCUGAGUAAUCAAUGAUUUUACAAUGCAUUUUGUUACUACUAUAUCUCUAAUGAUAUUUUAACAAAGUUAGAGUAUAUAUUUAUACAUUUACGUUGACGACAUAAAAGAAAUUGAAACCAUAGAACAGUAUCCACAGCAAAAUUACAUAUUUAUAUUCAUUUUUCAGUUGAAUGUUUUUUGACAUAACUUGAAACGAGUUCGAAGCACAAAGGAAGAAGAUGAUAAAAUCGGUACAUUCAUAGUGACACUACAGAAAACUAUGCUAUGUACACAUGAAAUUCGUGACACACAAAUAUGUGUGCACUUGCGUUCAAUCCCAUAGCAUUGGUAUUCAACAAAAAAAAUGAGAUUUGCAAUCGCUGAUAUCGUGCAUGGGGAAAUUGUUAUGAUCGUGUCGCAUUGAUGUAAAUUAAGCAAUUGGUUUGGGUUAUUUAAAAAGAUCCCCAGUGACCGUCCGAAAUCAGGGAUAUUUUUCUUUCAAACCGAUUAUAACGGAGUUUACACAAAAAUUGAAAUAACGUACGAUACACUUCGCUAGCGCAGAAGAACGAUAGCUAUCGAGCUUAUUUAUUGCGCGCAAUAAACAUGCGUACGUUUAAAAUAAGACACUUUGUUGACGGCAGUAAGGUAUCACGUAUUUUUACGACUUCCAUUGCGAUAAAGGUAUAAUAAUUCAGAAAGUAUACUGCCACGAUGGCACUUAUGUUAUUGUAUAUGUAUUAUUCUAGAUAUGGUAUCGUUUUAAUCUACAUGCGUGGAACCGGCGGGCCGGGUGAGAAACAUUCGACGAUGAUAAGAAGUGCAGUUAAAUCUAAUCAUCUCACAGUAGUUCACUAAAUAUAAUGUUAAUGUCAUCGCAAUGUGGCAUCUCAUCUUGACGAGAAAACCAGGUGCAUACGAAUAGACAGUUAUACUCGUAUUCAAACGUUUUAUCGAAUGAAAAGAAAACGUAAAUAAAUAUUCGACAAUCCAGUUUUGUAUACAAUGUAACUACGACGGUUAAAUAACAUUCUUGUUGUAUUGUACACGUGUCUGUUACAAUUGAUUUUAUUGAAAUUCCAAUCGUCGUUUAACACCGAUAAACUCACAAAUUGGAAUGAAGUCGCGUCGAUAAAAAUAUUACACAAUUUUGUGUAACGUACACGUGUUUACGACUUAUUCGUGUAUAUUCUGUCUGUACGUUUAUGCAUGGCUGCUUUCGUCGUGCGUGUAUAUACCAUUUAUAUUCACAGUGUCCUCUAGAAUUUCUAGAUGUUUUUCUUAGCAUACUUUAUGCAAGAGGAGGGGGUUAUAGUAUUCUAUAUGAAAGCGCGCGUGUAUGUACCGACUGUGUUCGUGUUGCGUAUUGUCUAUUGAUUCUACGACGUAUGCGCGCGCGCGUGUGUGUGGAUGCGUGUAUGGGAAUAUGUAUUCUUUGUAUGCGAACGUGUUUCCUCGUGUAUCUCUACGACUUCAGCAGACUCGAGUGCAUUACAUUGUGCGUCGAAUACGCGAGAGUUCGCCUCGUCUUGUAAAAUAGUAUUUUUCUAAGUGGCGAAAUAGUGUGCGUAAUUAUAUCACGCUAUCUGUGUUGGAAGAACGGUUACUAUGAUGUUAUUUAAAAAUAUGUCUUGCGAUUCGUAAAAAGAAAGGGAUUAGACUAUAAACAGAAAGAAGAUAUAGAAUCGUACAAUGUAUGUCGCAUUCAAUCGACCGGAUUAAAAUAAGGGAGAUUAUAAUGGACACUGAGAGAAAGAGAGCGUGAAAGAGAGCGGACUCGAAGAAUUAGAUCGUCUCUCGAAGUACCACGAUCGAUCCACGUAUAUAGAUUAAACACUCUAUGUCAUACUGCCAACUUGUAAUCUAGUAAAUGUCCGAACCGAGUAUCUUAAUCAGAGUUGGGUACGUCUUUAUCUAGGUAAGGAAUAGCGAAUAACGCUUUAUAUGGAUAACGGUUAUUUGUCCAGAUAAAACGAUUAUUCGUGACUCGCAAAUAAAACGUUAUACGCCUUUUUUUUCGUUUUGAAUAACUAAGACAUAUGUGAUUUUUCUGUGAUAUACAAAUAUGAAAAAUGUUACGUAAACGGCGCCGAAAUCACAUUCCACGCAAAAAUAUGACUAAAAUCACAUUGAACGCGAACGUGUAACAAAUACCAUACGUAAAUAAAAAUCACAGCGUAAUUGUAAUAAUUUAACAAAUGCCAGAACAAAAAUCAUAUAGUUCACGAAUCACACAUUCCAGAUGAAAAUAUUACAAAUAUCGCAGAAAAAUUACACCGCUAACAGAAUGUGCGAAAGAAGUGUAAUUCUUUGUUAUUCGAAAAAAAAUAACUCGAUUAACAGAUAGUUUUAUGUAGAUAAAUUUAAUUAAGUUAUUUCGUCGAUGACGAGAAUUUUAUUCGAACACUGCGUAUAAGGAAUGACUAGCCAGAUAAAUGAACUAAAUGGAAAAGUUUAUAACGUGGAUAGUAUUUUGAUAGAGAUUUAUUCGAAACUAUUCGAAUAAACGCCCAACUCUGAUCCUAACACGCAAAUAAAUUUUCUGUGACUCGCGCGUACACGCGUAACACACUGUGUUCUCAAAAUGGAAAAAUUCGAGAGAAUUUGUACAUACUCCUAACAACCGUGAACGGAACUUACGAUCGGCGACAAUGUUGUCUUAACAGUAUUCUGGAUAAAUCAGUGCGAUGAACUCCUUAUUAAAUUUAUUUCCGUUUAAAUGUCGUAGGCUACGAAAGAAGAUCGAAGGCUGAAAGAUUGCUGUUUGCAAUGACAAAUUUUAGCGACCAAUGCCGCCACAAAUGUGUUAAACGUUGCACAAGUUAGCAUGGUGGCACUUAACACAUUGAUUGUCACGUUACCCAGAAAUGAGUGACUUCUUUUCAUUAAGGAACUAAAUAGAUUAAUUCCAAAAGUGAGGCGUUAAUGAAAAUAAAUUUCGCUACAAAAUUAAAUGCUACGAUAAACGUUGAAUUACCUAAUCUUCAACAGUCUCGAAACGAAAUUUUAACUAAGUAAAAAUUGUCAUGAAUUUAAAUCUGGCAGCUAAUGUGUUAAUUUAGUCUCUGUAUGCCUCAUAUGUUAAGACAGCACUGAUUAUCGAUCGUACGAUCGGGAAACCUGAAGUUGAGACGAUCGAUGGAGAUCGGAUCCUCGAGCAGGUGCCACUAAUUCCCUUCUAAAUUCCGUUCGCGCCUGUUGAAAGCCAGGGGCGUAAAACGUUAGGGAUUUCUUUUUUAUCGAGAUUACUCGACGCGUCCCCUGUCAUUCUUGUAUAUAUAUUGAGAAAAUCGAAAAAGAAAAAAAAACAGAAAAAGUAUGAAACCUUUUUUUACGAAUUUCAAAUUUUUCAUCGAUCGACCGUGCGUUUACGUUCUCUUUGUGCACAAUCGGGGUACGCAGACAAUUGACAAAGACACCGAUGUCGCAUGAGCGAGAAAAACUUUUUUUUUUUAAUGUUCAUUCGACACGUUCACUUUAUCGUUUCACCGCGACUCUAUUUGAGGAAGGCAAAAAAAAACCGUAGGACAAAUUGGGCACAUCAUCCCGCUUACGCCCCUGUCGCAAUCGUCGAUUUAUGCGGCUACUUAACAUAGGGAUUUAGAAUUGAACUUAAAAUAGGUGUACAGCGUUCGUCGAUUGGAGGAAUCUUAAUCGUUAAGCGUUUUAUUGAAACGCGCCUCAAAAGAUGAAGAAAACUGGAAAAAAAAGAAAUAAGAUACUAAAUGUGAUGUGGUUCAACGGAAUAAUUCGUGUAUUUAGACAAUUGUUACCUUGUGACGUCUACUAUUGUCGGACGACAUAUAUGAUCUCUGUAUCUUCUAAGUUCCUACGUUAAGUUUUCGUACAAAUUAUCGUCGAGUGUUUUGUAAACGUAACGUAGUCGCGUUCAGUACUAAUUUUUUAACAUUUACAUUUUCUGCGCUGGAAUAGAAUCGGUCCAGACGUCUAUCAUACACCGAACGUUGCACUAUAGAGUGUCUUGGAGAACUAGGAACAUACAAAACGAACGUUCAAGCCAUCUGUUAGAAAAUGCAUUCAGUUUGAAAGCUUGGACAAUUGUGUAAAACAUCUUCCAACAGUGAAUUGUAGAGUACGCACAUUUUUAAUGUUGUAUUUUGUCAGUAACAAAUCUCAACUUCCAUUUGAUCCUACUUUUUUCGCCUUUGUUUAUCGUUGCGAACGAUGAUGUAUCGAAGCAGCUCUGAAACGGUUAAAUUGUUGAACAUAAUUUGCAUAAGUAGGAUUUUAAACGUGUGUACACGGGAUUUCCUUUUUUCUUCGUAAACCGUGCAUAUAUAUAAAUACAUAUUUUUAUUUAUGUCUUAUGCAGACAAGUAGACGUAAAGUAAAUAAGAUUGUAUAUGUACCACGACUAAAAAGACUUGGCAUUUCUUUUCAAUUGAAUAACAAAAUUGUAUAUCGCAUACAUCCGUUUGAAAAGAAAAAAAGCAAAAAAUGUUUCGUUGAAAACAUGUAUCUAUGUUCCAGUUCGCUAAGUCGAGGCAAGAGAUAAAAUUUUCUUCCACUGACGUAUAAAUGUAAUAACAUAUCAACGCGUUUAUUAGCGAAUUUUUAAUUGAAUGUUAACAAGCGUACUUGAGAAGAGCGAAAAAGGACGUAUGUCCCAUUGAAUUUUUCUUGCUGAUAUAACGUGUCGAUUUGACGACUUGGCGCGCAGAGUAAAUUUUUAUUUUCUUUUAAAGUCAUUUGAAUAGAACGUAUGAUGUUUUGCUAAAAAAAAAAGAAAAAAUUAUAAUAAAAUACUUUUUUUGUACAUCAAAA